CUUCACAUCUUCACACUAAUUUCUCCCAGUUCUUUGCAGCACCUUGUGGUUUGUAGUUUCUCGUGGUGUUCUUCCGGUGCCAGCUGCCAGCUCGCGCACGUUGUACAUUGAUCUAUUGGCGAAGUCCACGUUUCGUGUCGUAAGACUUAAAGAAUGCGUUACGUGGCCGCUUACAUGUUGGCUGUUUUGGGAGGCAAAGCCUCGCCAAGCCAAAAUGACAUUGAAAAGAUUUUAUCAUCGGUCGGAAUCGAAACAGAUGCUGAAAAACUGAAAAAGGUUAUUUCAGAAUUGAACGGAAAGAGUAUCGAUGAAUUGAUUGCCAAGGGCAGAGAAAAAUUGUCCUCCAUGCCAGUCGGCGGAGCAGCUGCUGUGGGUGCCGCUGCAGCUCCUGCUGCUGCAGCUCCCGUUGAAGAAAAGAAAGAGGAAAAGAAGCCUGCUAAAGAAGAAUCUGAAUCGGAAGACGAUGACAUGGGCUUUGGCCUGUUUGACUAAAAACGCCUUUUUUUAUCGUCACCAAAAGAACAUGCUACAUUCUGUAGUAGUGGUAUAAAUGGUAACAACAAAAUAUUGUAUAAAAUGUACAAAUUAAACAAAAUUAAUACUACUGCUGGAGAAUAAAGCAUAUUUUACAUUAAAAA